AUGUUUGACACCGGGUGGCAAUGUUAUUUAUGUCCUAUACCGCAACUGUUUAUACCCUUCACCAUACUGUGGUAUAGGCAGGGACGUAUGCAAGAGGUGACGGCAAGAAUUUGUAACCGCACCUAUUAUGGCGACAUUGGACGAACGUACUCCAUUAAGGUGCCAACACCACAGUGGAAUAAACUCCCGUUUCUGUGUCACUUAACAUUCACAGCAUCAGGACACGAUCAAGGUGACAUUGUACAGAUAAUAUUCGACAGUUUUACUGUGGGUCGCUUUGAUGAGGGUAUGGUCGAUACAGAUGUGGAUGGCUAUGAGACAAGUCUUAGCCCCACAGGAGAAUUACCAGGAUGUCCAGAAGGCUUCAUGCAGGUAAGUUCAAAUAAACAAAAACGAAACGAAACAAUCAAAAAAUGUACAACCACAAUAUAA